UGGCCGCCCUGAACCCGUCCGGUGUCAUACCUGCCUUUAUACACCAGUUUGUAAGGUCUGUGCUGCACCGGGACUUUUACUGCAGAGGAGAAGAGAAAAGGCAGCGGAGACAGGGAAGAGCUUUUAAAGUAAGGACGCGCAUUAGUAACAGCUUUAAUGGAAAACGGAAGGAGACACUUAAAACACAUCUUUGUCUGCAUCCUUGGAGCAGUUACAAUCUUCUUCAUCUAUCUCAACUGUGACUGGGAGUUGGCAAGCAGGGAUUUUCCAGCAGCAGCGUCAUCAUCAUUAUCAUUGUCAUCAUCGUCAUCAUCGUCAUCAUCACCAUCAUCACCAUCAUCAUCAACAUCAUUAUCAGCGGCAGCAGAGCCACGAUGGGAGGAUCCUGGGCCGUAUCAUGUGGCCUAUCCACGAAACUACAAAUUCAUCAUGGAUGACACGCUAACGUGUAAGAACACAACUCCUUUCUUGGUCCUGAUGGUUCCAGUUGCACCCAAUGACAUAGCAGCUAGGGACACCAUUCGGAAGACAUGGGGGAAUGAGAAACUGGUCCUGGGUCAGCUGGUCGAGACCCUCUUCAUCCUGGGCCUGCCUGGGGGAGCUGAUGCUGAGCAGCAGCAGGAGAAGCUCAAACAGGAGAACCUGCAGCAUCAUGACCUGAUCCAGAGUAACUUCCAGGACAGCUACCGCAAUCUGACCGUCAAGACUAUGAUGAUGCUGGAGUGGCUGGCUGCACACUGUGUCAAUGCUGCCUAUGUCAUGAAGAUUGACUCUGAUAUGUUACUGCAUGUCCCGAAUUUGGUUAAACUGUUGUUGAGUCCCAGCACAGCCAAAGAAAACUACAUGACAGGUUUGGUGUGGUGGCACAGCCCGGUUUUAAGAAAUCCGUUCAACAAGUUCUACAUGCCGAGAGGAGUGAUUGCUGAGUCGGAGUAUCCCCCAUAUCCUCUGGGCAUGGCCUACGUCAUGUCCCUGGACCUGCCUGCCAAGAUCCUGUCAGUCUCUCCUCAGAUUAAACCUAUCUACAUUGAAGAUGCCUACCUGGGUAUGUGUCUGAAACGCCUGGGCAUUUCCCCCACCGACCCUCCUGAAAAUACAAUGUUCAUUGUCGACCCCAGGCAUCCUCUGAGCAGCUGCAGCCUUUCAAAAGUGAUUGCUGUGACAACGACAAGCAUCCCACAGAUGACGAGUUACUGGGAGAGGAGCAGACAGCCAGAAGCUAAAUGCUGAACUUUAUUAAGUUUACCAAGACUGAUUUUUUUUUUACUAAACCUGACAAAUAUUUAACAUUAAUUAAAAUGAAGCAUAUGUAUUUUCUUUGCAAAGAUCAUGGAAUACAUUGCCCCUUGGUCUGACUUUUUUUUUUGUAUGAAGGACAAAACAGAUGUAAGAGUUUGAACCCAAAACUUUGUUUUUUAUCAAAUGUCCUUUUCAGUCAGAUGAGCCUCAAAGACUUUCUGAGCUGCAUCAGCUCUCAUACACAGAUAAGAACAUCUGCUGGAUCCUAAAUUAUAAAUAGUAAACAUAAAGACUGAUUCCAUACAUCAUCACAUUGUCAAUUUUUAAGUUCAACAUUUUUUACGUUAUUUUGCCAGCCAGUUUGAAAUAAGUGUUAAACUCACAACCAUUGAGUAAGGUAGCUUUCUUUCAGCAGGUUGAACUCAGACUGCGUAAAAUAAUGGAUGUAGUCAACAGGACUAGAUACUAGUGUACUCCUGUUUUGAAGCCUCGACUUUGGCAUUUUGGCCGUCCCCAUCUUGGUUCUUUGGAGCCGUAAGUGAUCUUAUUUGGAGGAGAGGGUGAAGCUAAUCCUAACAGAGCUGCUAACUUGGUUAGUACGGUGCAUUAGCAGCUGUGGUUAACUGUGAUAAUGCAAAUUUUCUGUGAAAAUCAGGCUUAAAAGCAUUAAAACAAAAUGUAUGUACUGGAAAAACUGAAUAUCGGACUCCUUAAAGGGUCUUUUAGCACAACCAAAUGCUGAGCAAGACUUUUUUAGGCAAUCAGAAUGUUAUAAUAAACUUUCAUGAACUGAAAACGCAAUGGAAUAGUGAAAGUUAUGGCUACAUCUAUACUCUUUGAAGUGGCCUACCCACAGCAGAAAUAAACAUGUUUACAGCCUGAUACAAAAAACAGUUUCGGUCUUGAUAGCUUGUGUCAACAUCCAUGACUACGGUGGCUUAGUUACACACAUAAGGGCGAGGCUGCUUGAACGACAGGCUUACUGUGACGCAUCACUACAGUCUGUGAUUUUGAUCCAACCCUCACUCCUCCACAGGACUCUACAUUCAGUAAAUGUAGAGUCUGCUCUUCUUCCCUCUUCUUCUCCUCUUCUUCCUGGAGAUCUUGCCUCCGGAAGAAGAGUGGAAGAGCCCUGGUUUCCGGUUGUAGGCUGUUUGUAGUCCGCGUGAUAUUGACCAAUCACGUUUGAGCCGGCUGCAGUUGUUGCCAGGUUAAACGGUCCGUGCGGUGAAUUAACGAGGCGGAACAUAAUUGGUGUCACUGCAAACUCUGAAUCCAUCGCAGUGGUUCAGCAUAUUUACUUAUAUAUAAACGGAAGUCGGAAACAGAAAUUCGCCUCCUCCGCCCAGAUCAAACCGGAAUGCCAAAAAAUCGGGGGUCUGCCCCCAGAGGCUGUAUCGCUGUCUGCCGGAAGUCAGACGCCGAAUACAGCCGAUGGGUUCUGAGAAUGGGUUACAGACUGUUCACAGACCCAGGGCCAAGUUCACCAUGUGGUGUUUGGGGUAAUUUGAUAUAUAGCAAACACUGUUAAUGAUAGUUGUGGCUGUUUUAGUGUGUGUGUGUGUAGGUGAUGAUUACUUUGACUGAACUUUCUUGCUGUGAUGUAUAUAUAUAUGUUCUGUUCACACAUUUCUCUUGUAAGUGACCUUAAUCUCAAAAAGACUACCAAAGUAAAGCUCAGCUGCUGAAUGUUAAAGAACAAUACUUUUAUGUUCAGACUUUUAUAAAAAAAAUAAAGGGAGUGUGUCUCAGUGGCCAUGAAAGUCUCAAGUAAAUGCUAAUCCUGUGAUGUAGUGCUCCUAUAGUGAUGUUUCUAUCUGGAAAAUGAUUUUUAGGUUUCAACAAGGAGACAGGAUUUGUACUAAAGUUGUUCAGUAAACAAGUUUCAUGUAAGCCAAUUUUGAUAUGCCAAAUUCUGUACUCUUGGGACAGAAUACAACAAAAUAUACUGUCACAUACUGUCAUACUGUUAUACUACAGUGACAUGUUACCACUCAUAUCAUUGCAGAGUUUAAGUUGUAAUAUGAUCUGUUAUGUGUCAUGUAUAGGAAAUGUAAUGUUACAGUAUGAAGGAGUACUUCAGGAGAUCAUUCCUCCUGUAUCCACCUUACUCAGCUGCUCUCAGGGAAAGUUGUCAUCUUUGUGAAGGAGUUUCCUUCUAAAAGUAUAUAUCCAUCAUUUCAACAAUGUUAAAUGUUCAAGAUUUAGAUCUUCUGUGAAUACUGUGACGAUUCAUAGUGGCACGUAACACAUUUACUGUACUCUAUCUGCUUCAUGAAUGAGAUUGUUUAUGUUUUUACUCUUCAGAAAAAGCUCCUCUCAGGACUAUUCCUUCAUGGGAGCAAGAACUGCAUCACCAAUCUGUCUUGCACUUUCAAAAAAAUCCAACAUUAUCUCCUAACAUAUAUAUAUAUAUAUAUAUAUAUAUA